AUGUUCAGUACGAUCUGUAAGCGAGRGGAUCCGCGGGAUGUCGUGGUUAUGAGGACCGACUCUCCUUUUCAGUCACUUCAGCAACUGCCAGCAGGAUCAACUGUUGGCACAUCUUCUGUUCGACGAAAAGCCCAGAUCGCACACUUAUACCCCCAACUCAAAUGUGCCGACAUCCGCGGAAACCUCAACGCACGGCUCCGAAAACUCGACAAUGACACUCGAUAUGACUGCUUGCUUCUUGCCGCUGCUGGUCUCAAGCGCAUUGACUUGGAACCUCGCAUUAGCCAAUACCUCAACAGCGAGGAUGGCAUGCUCUAUGGCCUGGUCAGGGUGCACUCGGUCUUGAAAUCCGGAAGGGUGACACAGAAAUGGUCUCUCUGCUGGAUACCCUGA